AUGAAAGAUCGUAUCAAUCGACUUGAGGACUUAGUGCUGGGUCUAAUACAAAAGAGAUCACUUAAUCUCACUUGCAUGGGAAAUGUUCAUGCCCAAGCAAAGUCUCAAAAUGCUGUAGAGGGAGGUGAAAGAUCUGGACUGGCACCAAGUGACCAAGCAAAGGAAGAUGCUUCUUCUCAGUCCCCGCUUGACUAUCGCAGCAGCCGUAUUCGAGAUUGGGUAUUAUCCAACUCAACAGCGUAUACUGAAGUGCUGUUCUAA